GUAAUGAAUUCCAGUAAAUUGCAGGUUUAAUUAUAAAAUGUUGGUGUGAGUCGAUUUCUCUCUCCUGCUUUAUUCUCCACCUGUGCAGUGCUGAUGGUGGUGUUGUGUCUCCUCAGCCAUGCAGUCCUGCAGCAUUCAUCACUGUGUCCUGUUCUUCCUCACCCUCACAUUCACCACUGCUCCUGUAUCAGCUGCUGUCUGUUCUGCAGCAGUGAAGCUUCAUCAGUCUGUGAUUCUCCCAUGUGAAUAUAAAUGUCCUGGUAUGGCCAAAUGGACCUUGACCAAUAAUCGAGAUGUUGUCCUGGCUCGGUGUGAUCAGACAUCAUGCAGCUCAGUGGAGGGAUAUGAAAUGUCUCAUGAUCAGUACCUGAAGGGAGAUCUCUCUCUCACCAUCACUGCAGCUGAUUACAGUAAGAGGAACACGUACGCGUGUGAGUGUGGAAUCUCAGACUUCUCUAUACAGCGCCUCAGCAUUGAGACUGUGUUCUCAGCAGUUCAGAUGAAUCCUGGUGAAGAUCUGAUCCUGGAUUUGAGCGUACCAGAGCCAGUGGAGGUGAUUUAUAAAAGCAGAGAUUCAGCUGAUGGUGAACAGAUCUGCACUGUGACUCAACGCUCACUACAGUGUAAAGCUGAAUACACACACAGAACAUCACUCAGUUACCCAGAGCUCAUACUGAGAGACGUGCAGCCGAGUGAUAGUGGAAGUUACACCAUCCGGGACCUGAAGAAUAACGAAGACAUUCGUGUGUACGAUGUCACUGUGACAGGGUUAACUAAGGGGGGUAUUGCAGCAAUAGUGCUGCUGAUGAUGCUGGUGGUGCUGCUGCUGGCGAUCACCGGAGUGAUAAUAUACAGAAGGAAAGCAGCUGAUCAGGAGCUCAAAAAGGUGAAGAUUCAAAUGGAAGAAACGGAUGAGCUCAUUAAGCAGGUUCAACCCAAAGAUACAGAACCAGAAGACCAGAACAGUCCAAAUAGCAACAACACGAUCACAGAUCUGGAGAAGGAGGAGAAGGUGAAGAAGGUGGAGAAGGCGAUUAAUGAUCUGGAACAGCAGUACACAGAGAACAGUAAAUAUUCUGAAUUUGUUGGAUUGUUCUGCAACCAAAAGAGAGCAGAGCUGAAAUUGUGUAAAACGGUGUACGCAACAAAACCAAACAGAGAGCUAGAGCCUGAGCCAGAACAGUUGAUGGAGACAGUGGAGGAUGUGGUGAAGAAUUUAGAGGACUUCAAAUGUGGAAUAUCCAAUCAGAAGCGCAUCCCUGUGCUGCGGUUCAUGUACAACCGUAUGAAGGUGUGUCUGAAGAUGAUUGAGAAGUGGAGCAAAAAGCAGAGAGAGGAGCUAAUUAAAUUCAAGCAGCAGCACAGUGGUGGAGCAGGAGCCGAUACAAUGAUUCAUACUAUGGAGAGACUUCUGGGUGUGUAUGAACAGUGGUGUAAAGAUAAGAUGAAUGAGCUGGAGGAAUACGGAGAGAAACUAGACUCUGCAGGAAGCCCUAAAGAAGAUCCAACAGCAGUGGAGCAUAGAGAAGGAGAAGAGCUCACACCACUGAACCCUGCUGUUUAAUCUACACAACAUGAUACAGAAACACAUACACAGGCUUGGGGAGUAAGGGAAUUUGGGGGGGGUCACAAAGCGGUAGCAGGGAAGUCACGAGAAAAUGUAAUGAUCUGAAUGCAGGACUUCAGGGUAAAAACACGUCACUUCACGCUUUCUGAUAAAAUUGAAGCAUGAAUCAGAAAACUGUCAUUAUGGCAAACUCGCUUGGGCAAUGUUAACUUGAUGCUUUCCCAUCACAUGAAAAAACUUUUCCCAUUCGCGUCGCUCUCUCUCUGUGAGGCUGGUUUCUCAGCACAGGUGUGCCUGAAGAACAUGUAUGGAGCCAGGCUCAUGGUUGAAGAUAGUUUGCGUUUUUCCUCAGCACUACUCAGCCACGACUGCAUUGCCUCACAUCCUCUAUCCCAAGCGAAUCCACCCCACUGAGCGAGUAGUGUCGUGGAAUUCUUUUCAGCUAAAAUAAAAACUUCAGAGGCUUGGAGUCUUGAUGCCAAAAAGGAGACUUUAUUGUAAAAAGCAACAAAGCCGAGAUGUUCUGCAGAGCAACUGAACAAUAUGAUCUCAGUACAGUCUUUUAUACAUUUUAAAUGCACAUCUUUCUAGACGAGGUUUUCCCUUUACACAAACAACUGCUAUCUGUUGGCUGUCUGCCACCAUUAAUUCUCAGUCUGGUCUCUAUCUCCUCUCACUUCCUUCAGUUAAUUUUAUUGCUGGAGAGAGAUAAGUUACUAUGUUUAUAUAUAUAUAUAGCACAUUCUUUCCUAAUCUCCAUGGACCUUGGAACAUCCUUUCACCUACAUGUUUUUCAGACAUUGAGAGAAUCCUGUACUUUGCACAGUUGGUUACUGAACUUUAGAUUACCUUAUACAUGAAUAUGAUAUUGCAUACUUAUCAUUACGUAUGUAAUUAUCUGAUGAUUAUACUGAUUACAUGAGUAAAUAUUCCAAAGUAAUCCCAAAUACUGAACUUGUUUUAUAUUAUAUUAGUCUUUAUUGCAAAACAUCGUCAUUCUUAACAGUGGGUCACACUUGCAAAAAAGGUUAAGAACCUCUGAUUUAAAGUUAAUGCUUUGAAAUUCCCUAGUUUGCAUGAUCACAGUUGUAGAUAAGAUUGCCAGCUGUGAAUGCUGUGCCUAGCUGGGAAUGUCCUGUAUUUUGGUAGAAAUGAACACGACUGCACCCCACGGUCACCCCACUCCAUCCAUUCCCAGUACACAGGAUGCUACUGUUAAAGCCAGUAAGGGGAAAUGAAAUGAAGAAAGAUCACGGCCUUGAUCAAUAUGUAUUCUGAAAUAGCCUAAUGUACAUGUAGAUCGUAUACAUGGUAUUUUUAAUGUUGUGUGAUGGUAAUGACAUUUUUUCCUUAUACUUUUUUUUUUUUAACAGUGAACAUUGUCACAAAGCAGCCUUACGGAAAUAAAUAGAUUCAAAUUAAAUUAAACCAAAAUAAAUUGUAAAUAUGUGAAUUUAUCCCUAAUGAGCGAGCCAGAGGUGAUGGUGGUGAGGAAAAAACUCUGAGAUGAUAUGACGAAGAAACCUUGAGAGGAACCAGACUCACCAGGGAACCCAUCCUCAUCUGGGUGAAAACCGGAUAGUGCGAUUAGUUAAUGAAAUUUGAAUGUAUAAGAACAAAAUGUACAAAGAAUGUACAAAGAACUGGAUUUUUUGCUGAAUCAAACUUUUAAACAAAUAAUAACGUGUUUAGAUGCAUGUUGCAAAAUUAGGAAAAUUAAUAAUAUUUUCGAUCUUCAGAUUUUUGAUUGGUCACUGCCCUUGCAGAAAUGUGCUCCACUCAUUUCCAUCAUAACUUCAGUUGAAACUCUAAAGUUGUUCUCUGUAAUGCUUUUGUGAU